AUGAAUAAUUAUAAAUUAUAAAAAGUCUUAUUCAAAAAAGUCAAUAAAGGUAUUAUUGUUGAGGAACAUCUACUUGUUAGAUCAUUAAUUGAUAAACAAUUUUAUGUCAUAAAAAGAACAGAUAUUAGUAAAAUAAAUGCUGACAGAUUAAAUGAGAUCGAAAAUCAUAUUAAGUUAUUGAUCAAUAUCAAACAUCCCAGCUUGACAAAAAUUAAAGAAUAUUUUAUUGACUCUUAAUAUCUUGUCUAAGUCUUAGAAUAUUGUGGAGGUACUAAAUACUUAUUAUUUAGAAUAAAUCUUAAAUGAAAGACUCAACAAAUAAGUCUCAGUUAAUUUAGUUUGUCAAUACUUACUUUAAUUGUUAUUUGCUUUAAAUUAUCUUGAGAUACAAUAAAUUAAUGUCUCAUUAGAUUUAGACACAAUAUUUUUGAAUUCUUUUGGAUCACUCAGAAUAUAAUUUGAUUUACUUUCACAUAAAAAUUGGAAAGAAGAAGUAAAAUAUCUUUAAUAAGUUUUAAAAAAAACUAAUUUGGAUUGGGAAUCAUAAAAAUCACACGAAUUAUCCUAAAUUCUUAAAUUAUUUAUGCAACCUAAUCCACCAAGUGUUUAAUAAAUGAUUAAUCAUCCAUAUUUAUUGAAAGCAAUGUUUGAUUUUUGUAAAUAAUAAGAUUUAGAAGAAUAAGCUUAAUUAAAUUAAGAAAAGUUAAUUAAAGAAUAAAAAAAUAAUAAAAGAGUUGGAAGAGCAUCUACCUCUGCUAAUCAAAAUCGAUAAAAAAUAUCCUAAUAAUCUCCUGUCUAAAAAAAGAAUUCAAAAGAUAGACCAUAAACAAAUUAAUAAUAAAAAAAUGAAGCUGAAUCAUAAGUUAAAUAACAAUUACCUAUUAAAAAUUAAAUGCCUCCAAAACCUUUAAAAUAAAGAAAUAAUUCUUAAGAUACUGUUAUCAAUGAAUCAAUUUUAAAUUAAGAUUUACUUAUGACCAAAGGUAAACAAGAGUUACAGGAAUUAUUAAAAAUCUACAAAGAUUAGCUUAAAGAAAGUAGUAAACAAUAUAAUCCUUGGUUAAAUAUGUCUGAAAUUAAGGAAAUCACUGAAUAUGACACAACUACUAAUCUAAAUCAAUAAUCAUGA